AUGGACGAGUAUCUCGGACUUUCGCCAGAUCACCCUCAAUCAUAUCACUAUUUCAUGCACAAACACUUGUUUGAUCACGUCAAUUUUCGCCCGGAGAACAUCAACAUCCUUAACGGGCUUGCCGAGGACGUCGAAGCUGAAUGUGCCCAGUACGAGGCCAAGAUCAAAUCUUAUGGUGGAAUCCAGCUCUUUAUGGGUGGACUCGGUCCAGAAGGUCAUAUCGCGUUUAACGAGGCUGGUUCUACCAGAGACUCAAUUACCCGUAAAGUGUCGUUGGUUCAGAGCACGAUAGCUGCCAACUCUCGUUUCUUCGAGAACGAUGAGUCCAAGGUGCCAAAAUUCGCACUUUCUGUUGGAAUUUCAACUGUGCUGGAUAAUUCAGCCGAGGUGGCCAUCAUUGUUUUGGGAAAAAAUAAGCAGAAGGCAUUGAGCGAGACGAUAAGGCACCCGGUUGAUUCGGCUUUUCCUUCAACGUACCUCCAGACUCACGGGAACGUGUUGAUCGUUGCUGAUUUCGAGGCCGUUGAGAGUUUCCAGUCGAAGUUGUAA